AUGGCGAGUACGGCGAGAGGAAAAAUCACAUUCCCACAGCAGAAGUACAAGCAAACAUCGAAAAUCAACAGAGAUGCAAACAUGCGGUUAAGAGGGAACCCGAAGAGUAACGUAUGGUAUCGUCCACAACUUACGAUGAGAGGCAUGCUAGGCACUUUGGAUUUCUCGUUGUCUACAUCUCUAUGCAUUUCGCAGUUACUAUUCUCCGUUCUCCGAUCAGUAGUGUCCGCAGUCGAUUUAACUGCUGUUGGUACAAAUUCAUUUGAAGAAUUUAUGUGCUCUUUUUGGUUUCUUGCGUUGUGUGGAUGUCUUACAAGGCGACGUUAUAUCAUAGUAUUCACCACUAUGGCAAUGUUCUAUUCAUUUGUACUCGCUUUUAAAUGGGCUACAGCCACCCACUAUAGCUAUUUCAAUGGUACACAACUUUCGUGCACAAGAGAACAACGUCAUAACGAUCCUUCAUGGUGUAAGAACGCAGAUCUUAUUCUUGUCCUCAGCAGCAUCGUGGCUGUUCUUAUCACGAUGACUGCCGCAGUUUUGUCAGCGCUACGACUGUGGUCUGAAGAGGAAGAGCUGGCAAACCCGAAUGCACCGUCAUGUAAUCAUGAAGUCAAUUCUAACAAGCAAUCAAUGAUCAGCGCCUUCCGCAAUGCAUUAGAUUAA